CUGCGUACAAUAAAUAAUUAUUAUUGAAAAGCACACGAUUUUUUACUUUAAAUUGAAUUGUGUUUUAAUCAUCUAAUUGCUCAUAAUAAUUUAUUUCAUUGAUUGUAAUUAAUAUGUUUAUUUUUUUUUAAUAUUUAGUAAGUACCUACAUUUUAAUUGAAAGUUUACAAUGUUUGGUACUCUCAGAGAUAAACUUCAAAGUGUAGUUCAGGAAGGACUGUCUGCAAGCCUUAGGGGCUUGUCAGUCAAUGAAACAAAUGUUGUGUCUUCGCAAAAUGAUCAAUAUCCAGUUAAUUUCGACGCAGGUGCAGAUUUAUUACACAAAUAUCAAACGGAAUGGAAUCAAUUGCAUUUGUUAGCUGAAGAUAAUGCCCAUAAAGCCGAGGAAGUUAAUGAAAUGAUAAACGUACUUCAUCACCAAAUCAAUAAACAAUGGAAACAAAUGGACGUAUUAACUACUUGCAUGAACUCUAUACCUUCAUUAGUUAACAAUAUUGAAAAUGCCAUUAAAGAUAUGGAUUGCAUUAAAACACUAAUAGAUAAUGUGGAACAUCAAUUAUUAAAGCUUGAGGAUGUUGUUGAAGAACAGGAGUUACAAGAGCAGAUGUUAAACGAACGAUUUCGAUUGGCUGUAUACAGAGGAAAGAAGCUAAAAGAACUAGAACUAACAAGCUAUGAGUUGGAAUCGGAGCACAAGUUAAAGGUGGACGAUUUGGAACAAAAGAUCAACAUAAAACUUAAAGAAAGACAAGAAAUUUUCAAUCAAGUAUUCCAACAAGACAUGCGACAAUAUAUAAUAUCUGGUAUAAUUCCAGUUAUGAAAAGUAACGGUGGACGCGAUGAUGUAUCGCUCGAAGAUAUUGAAAUAGAAGAUGAUACAGAUGCUUUAAAUGAACUUCUCAAUUCUUGACAAUUUUAUUCUUACGUUAAAUAUGUCUGUAUAAAGCAUAAAACCUAAGAGAAUGAAUCAGGGUUAAUGUCUUCGAGGCUGUCUUAUAUGCUGUGAUCUGUUGAUUGUAAAAAAAAAACUAUACUUAUUACUAUUAUUAUUAGAUUUAUAUUGUUGACAUUGUAUGUAUAAAAAUAUAUACACAUGUCAUAAUAUUCAAAUUGUAUUUAUAAAUGAAAUAAAUCAUUCCACCAAAAUGUAAAAUGUCCGUAGUUAAGGCUUAAAUUAUACCCAACUAUUACAAAAUAACAUUUCGUCAGUUUUCCAUUUUUAUUGUCUUGAUUCAUUAAAUGUAACUAUUGUAAGGCCGAACCAUAAAUUGUUGAAUUUUAAGAAAAUUAAUUUUAGACAAGACAUUUUGUAUGUACAAAUCGUAUAUAAAAUGAUUCCAGGAAUUAUAUUUUGUUGCUUCUUUUCCAAUUAUUAAAAUGACUGAAAUUAAUUAUAUUUUUCAUGCUAUCAAUAAGAUAGUUAAGACAAUGAAUAAACAAAUAGUUUUUAUU